CCUCCCCUUUUGGUCUAGCGGGAAUAGAUCAACCCUCCCGGAGAUGACGUUGAGAUUUUGCCCUUCGGUAGGUCAGCAUCUUCCGCCCCGGCAAACUACGUAGAAGCACGUUCGCAAGAUAAGUGAAAUAAUGGGAGACAUUCCUGAAGGUGACGUUGAAAAGGGGAAGAAACUCUUCGUGCAGCGAUGUGCACAGUGCCAUACUGUUGAGGCAGGGGGCAAGCACAAGGUUGGUCCAAACCUGCAUGGCUUGUUUGGACGUAAAACUGGACAAGCCCCAGGAUUUUCCUACACCGAUGCCAACAAGAGUAAAGGCAUCACAUGGGGCAGGCAAACCCUGUUUGAAUACCUUGAGAAUCCGAAGAAAUACAUUCCUGGCACCAAGAUGGUGUUUGCUGGUCUCAAGAAAGAGAGCGAGCGUGCAGAUCUAAUAGAAUAUCUUAUGGAGGCUACUGAAUAACCAUUGUCUCUUCUAGAGUAUUAACUUUUUAAAAUAGCACUAUAUGCCUGAAAGCAACCAUAGUUUCACUACAAAGAUUGUUUUAAGUACAUUUGUGACCUGAUAUUAGUGGCCCUAAAAGUUGGCAAAAACCCACGCAUCCUUUAGAGCUACAAGGUGCUGGUUGGCGAUUCUGCAGAGCAUAUGAACAGGACUCUAUUUAAUAAAGAGGUGCUUUGUGAAUAAAAAGCACUAAAGAAAAGUCAGUUUUCUUAAAUAAAUCUUAACAGAUACCAGUUUUCAUUACAGACAGCCUUAAGUGUGUGUUGUCUUGGAUGCAAAGUGUGGAUGUGAGAUGUUUUUGGCAUUUGGUAAACAUGGAACUUGCAUAUUUUAUCAUGCAAACAAUAUGAGAAGUACUUUGGAUUUAAUUUUUUAAAAAUACUGGCUAACACUACCCCAUGACACAAAGCAUGUUCAGUCACAUGUAAUGAAAUAAGAGUAUAAAAAUGUACGUAAUAAAAUAUGACAAAACUGA